GUACGCUUCGCUGUUGUACAAAGCAGCCUCCCCAGGCUACCGCCUCAUCAUAAAUUCCAGUUCACUUGCUCAUUCCGUGAGCAUAUAAUCGUCAUGGACUUCUCACGCCUCCAAUAUCUUCAUCAUGAGUUGAACUCUACCGCCAAAGCCAGCGAUUUCCCUUCCACGAUACUCGAGAUCGUGAUCCCCGGUUAUAGUACGAUAUCUCAGCUUGCAUUACGGUUCCUCGGCCUUGAUAUCGGAAUUCUUGUAACUGGAUGGGUCUUUGUUUAUGGCUGCCGCACUGCUUGGCAGCACAUUUACGCACUGGUUCAUGCCUACCUUCAAGAACACUACACUUCUUCUAUCGAAAUCGACAAAGAUGACAAUCUAUUCAAUGACGUCAGAGACUGGCUAGCCGAGCAAAAGACAAUAAAACCCAUGAACAAGUUAAAAGCAAUCACCGACUAUAGUAAAAAGAACGAGGAUGAUGUCUUCGACGAGAGAGGGUAUUACAAGCACAAGCUGCCAGUUACCCGGUAUGAACCCAUUCACGGAACCGAAGAGCUGUAUCACAAUGGUCGGUAUUUCAAGAUCAUCCGAUCCAUCAAGAAAGGCGAAGACGGCAGUGGAAGAUUCAUCCCCGGGAGAGAAGUACUAGAUGUAUACUGUUACGGACAGUCUACGCAACCUAUCAAAGACUUGAUGGUUCACGUCAAGCACUGGAAAACAACCCAAGCAAAACCCAUGACUAGCGUCUACCGCGCGGCAAGUGGUGGGCACUGGAAUCGGCAAAGCACACGCCCAUCCCGCCCGCUGAGUACUGUAUCACUGAACCAGAAAGAUAAAUCUGGAGUUUUGGAUGAUAUCAAUGAGUACCUGCAUCCUGCUACUGCUCGCUGGUACGCCGCGCGUGGAAUUCCGCAUCGAAGAGGAUAUUUAUUCUAUGGGCCACCCGGCACUGGCAAAACGUCUUUCUCAUUCGCGCUAGCUGGUGUCUUCGGUCUACGGAUUUAUUGUCUCUCCCUCAACGAUAAGGAACUAACAGAAUCGGAUCUAUCGCAACUCUUCAAUUACCUUCCUGAUCGCUGCAUUGUACUUCUCGAAGACGUUGACAGCGCUGGUCUGAAAAGAGCAGAGGAAGAGUCUACACCUGCAGAAUCUGCAGAAAAAAAGGACGAUUCUAGUACUGCGUCGAAUGAAGAGGCGGAGGAGGAAAAACCCAAAAAACGAUCCAAGGCGAAAAAGUCAACUUGCUCAAUCAGCUUGAGCGCGUUACUCAAUGUGAUCGACGGUGCUGCUGCCCAUGAAGGUCACGUCCUUAUCAUGACGACGAACACGCCGGAAUCGCUCGACGCCGCCCUGAUCCGACCCGGACGCGUAGACGUUCAAGUCGGCUUCUUACUGGCUACACGGGAGCAAAUCCGCGAGACUUUCAUUCGCAUGUACAGCAUCACCCCCGAGGAGCAAGCCUUCAAGGGUCGCUUAGCCAAAAAGUCUCGUCAACCUAGUAUCACGGAUCCUGAGACGUUAGAAGAUCUCGCAAAGCGUUUCGCGGACCAGUUGCCUGAAGAUACUCUAUCUCCCGCGGAGUUGCAAGGGUAUCUGCUGAAAAGGAAAAACGAACCACAAAAGGCACUAGAUGAUGUAGCGAAGUGGAGAGAUGAGGUCAUGGAGGCGAAGAAGAAUGGGAAGAAGCUUGUAGGAGCACAGUAA